GCCCGGCCGGCCUGGGAACGGACCUGAGGCUGCUGCUGGACCAAGGCUUCCUGAGAGCAGCGUGGGGCCCCAAGUAGCGCACCCAGGAAGCCGAGGCCGCAGACCGGCGCUUUACGCAGUGUUCCGCCAACCCCCUGGUGUAGUACCCGAGCUGAAGAGAAGAUACGGAAUAAGACUUGAGAACAAGAGCAAACAUUACACAUACCAAUAUACUUUCUGGAAUGCUAACUACUUAAAGCUAACUACACUGUUGUUCAGAUAAUGCCAUUUAACUUUCCUGGAUAAAACAGUGCAUUUCAAAGUACCAGACAUAUAUAAUUUGAAACAAGUCUGUAUUCAUGAAGAGUGACUGCAUUCAAACCACAAUAUGCCAAGAAAGAAAAAAAGAUCCAAUAGAAAUGUUUCAUUCUGGGCAGCUGGUGAAAGUCUGUGCACCAAUGGUUCGAUACUCAAAGUUGGCUUUUAGAACACUAGUAAGAAAAUACAGUUGUGAUCUGUGCUACACACCAAUGAUAGUUGCUGCUGAUUUUGUCAGAUCUAUAAAAGCCAGAGACAGUGAAUUUACCACAAACCAAGGUGAUUGCCCCUUGAUUGUUCAAUUUGCUGCUAAUGAUGCAAGACUUUUAUCUGAUGCUGCUCGUAUAGUCUGUCCUUAUGCGAAUGGAAUAGACAUUAACUGUGGUUGCCCUCAGAGGUGGGCAAUGGCAGAAGGUUAUGGAGCUUGCUUAAUAAACAAGCCAGAGCUUGUUCAAGAUAUGGUGAAACAAGUAAGAAACCAAGUGGAAAAUCCCAGAUUUUCAGUAUCUAUUAAAAUAAGGAUCCAUGAUGACCUUACAAGGACUGUAGAUCUUUGUCGAAAGGCUGAAGCAACAGGAGUUUCCUGGAUUACAGUCCAUGGAAGAACUGUUGAAGAAAGACAUCAACCAGUUCACUAUGAGGCCAUGAAAAUAAUUAAGGAAAGUAUGUCUAUACCUGUAAUUGCUAAUGGAGACAUCAGAAGCUUACAAGAAGCAGAAAAUGUGUGGCAUAUUACUGGGACAGAUGGAGUGAUGGUUGCAAGAGGACUACUAGCAAACCCGGCCAUGUUCGCUGGAUAUGAGGAAACCCCAUUAAAAUGCAUCUGGGACUGGGUUGACAUUGCUAUUGAACUUGGAACACCUUACAUUUGUUUCCAUCAACAUUUAAUGUACAUGAUGGAAAAGAUCACCUCAAGACAGGAAAAAAGAGUAUUUAAUGCUCUGUCAAGCACAUCAGCAGUCUUAGAUUACCUCACAGACCAUUAUGCGAUUUGACUGGACUUCCUAAAUUAGUUUAAUGUAUACUGCAUUUUCGGUCUACAGUGAAACUACCCAAGGUCACAUCUUGGUUUUUACUUUAAAUCAGUGGCUUUCAAAUGUUAGUAUUAAAAACAAUAUCCUGAGAACAUUUUAAAAAUCAGUCCUAGACGCCAUCCUCAGAGAUUCUGAUUGAGUAGUUCUCUAGAGUGGAACCAAAAUUUACACUUUUAAGGAAGACCCCAGUGACCCAAACAUCCUGGUCAUCCUAGGUCCAAACAUUGACAAACAUUGUGCUGAAUCCUAUUAAUGGAUUUUUUUUUUAAGUGAGGAUUUUUCUCCAAAAGGAAUAAUGUUUUUAACAUUUUUUAAAUAAAUAAAACUCUUUAAUACUAACAGUAUGACAUGUAAUAUCUGUAAAUUAACAUGAAAUAUGUUUUUAAUGAAAUGAAGUACAGAGAAAAGAACAAAUGCCAAUACCUAUAUAAGAUGAAAAGGAACAAAAAAUUCUGUAUAGAAUUGCAUUCAGGGCUUAGAUUAAAAAUUCAGAUUGUAAAAUCAAACUGGUACUUUGGUACGAAUUGAAUACCACAAGGUAUUUUUUUUAUUUUAUGUAACAAUUUAAUUAGAUGUGAUGUUUUCUAAAUUUAAAACAAGAUUCCAUGAAACUCUUUAAAUGACAUUAAAUUUAUUACAUUUCAAGCUCUAGGUCUUUAGAAGAGUGAUAGCUUGGCAAAUAGAGCUGUGUCUAAAAUGAUAAAAGUUAAUUUCAGUCUCCUACAUCUUAAGCAUGAAAAAUUUGGUAGCUAAUCUAGAGAUGAUUAUACAUUUGAAAUAUUAUUUCCUGGAGAAUAGUAACCAGGUUCUAUUUUUGAUUUACAAACUGAACUUUCAUACCCUGUUUUUAGUGAUGUUAUUUUUAUGCCUCCCAGCAGGUGGUAAUAAUUUUAAUGGUUUGGGAAUGUUACUAAUAGAAUUUUGUUAUUGGUGAAUGUACCACUGCAAGAAUUAAGUAUCUCAGGUUAAAAUAAAGCAAUUCUAUAAUUAA